AUGAAGGCCACUGUUGUUCUUCUCUCUCUGUGUUUUUGCGUGGACAUCGUCGUCCCUGCUGCUCACACAGGUUUAAAAUGUGGACUUGCACAGAUGUGGAGUCCGGUGGUCGGGUCUCUCAGGGUUGUUGGAGGCAGCGAGGCCACGUACGGAUCACAUCCUUGGCUGGUUUCCCUGCGGCUCAAAAACUCUCAUUUCUGUGGAGGAGCCGUCCUGACUCAGCGCUGGGUCAUGACUGCAGCUCACUGCUUCACGUCCGUGUCAAGAGAGUUCCUCGGUGGAGUGAGCGUGGUGGUCGGGGAGUUUGACCGCAGGGUGGAGGAUGAAGAAGAGCAGGUUUUUGGGGUGAAGACCGUGUCAGUGCACGAGAUGUACCGUCACGCUUCGCCCAUGAGCUACGACAUAGCUCUGGUCGAGCUGGACCGACACAUCCGACUGGGAGUCCAUGUGCAGCCAUUAUGUCUACCGUUACCUGAUGAGAGAGUUUUUCCUCACACCAGUUGCAUUGUGGGUGGAUGGGGAAGGAUAAAGGAAAGGGGUCGUCUUCCUGCGGUGCUCAGAGAGGUUCGUUUGGACCUGGUAGAUGCAGCCAAGUGCAACCAUGUCCUCAGAACUGUCAGAGGUUCACAUCUCAACCAAAGACCACUCCGACCUCACACUGCCGUGACAGUUCUGUGUGCUGGGCCGGAGAGAGGCGGGAAAGACGCCUGUCAGGGCGACUCUGGAGGUCCCCUGGUGUGUUUGGCAGGGUCAGGUGGAGGCCACUGGGUGGCACUGGGCGUAACUUCCUGGGGUAAAGGAUGUGGUCGGAGCUGGGGAGACAACGGCACCCGCCCGCCUUCCAGAAGGGGAUCACCGGGGAUCUUCACUGACGUCAGGCUGCUGCUGCCCUGGAUAAAACUUCAACUGAAGCGAGCCGACCAGAAGAAACAGGGAAACACUUUAUCAGGCCUCUGCAGCGUCACAGAUGGAUCUCUAUAUGACAGCGAUGGUGUGAUCAGAAACCCCGCCCUCUCUGGUGAUCGCUAUAACAACAAUGAGUUGUGUGUGUGGAGAAUCCCUGCUCCUCCAGGUCGUAGUCUUGUGUUGGAGUUUGAGUUGUUUGACCUGGAGAACGACUCGCGCUGUCGCUAUGAUCGACUCACAGUAUCAGCGGGGACCUACAGACCGCUGACUUGUUUGUUUGUUUGUUUGUUUGUUUGUUUGUCUGUCACAGGUGUUUUCUGUGGAAGUGUCUCACUCAGCUCAGUGCACCUAAGUCCUUCCCAGAAUGCAACACUUCUAUUCUCCUCUGAUGUCAGUAGAGCAGGAAGUGGCUUUGUUAUCCGACACCGUGCUGUUCAGGGAAACACUGGUCCUGAAUGUGGGACACUUGUCUUCAUUGAAGACGAGACUGUCGUCCACAGCCCACAUUACCCACAAUCCUACAGCAAUGACUGCGUCGUGCGCUGGGUCGUCUACGCUCCCCGUGGUCACAUUGUGAAGCUGGACUUUGCUGACAUGGAGCUGGAGGAGUCGCACACAUGUUUGUAUGAUUCCCUCACUGUCCUGGGAGACGUGGAACUAACGGAGGAGAUAGCGGUGUUGUGCGGUCGCAGUGUCCCUCCUCCUGUCCUGUCCUACCACAGCGUCAUGGUGCUUCACUUCUCCUCAGACAGCAGCGUCACACACAGAGGCUUCAGGGCGUCGCUGGCAUUCAUCGACCGCGCAGACCUUCACCAUGGCGACCACGCCCCAGUGAGGGGUCAAAGGGGUCAUCAAGAUUACGUGACAGCUGAUGGGUCUGGGCCUGCAGCAUCACAUGGUCAGGAUGUGCAGCAGUCCAGUACCAGAACCACUCCCUACCAGGGGGAUUUGGAUCAGGGUCCCAGACUGGAUGACGUGGACACAAGCUCAGACGAUGAAGAGUCUAGUGGAGGAUCCUCAUCGUUGAUGUUGUCACCUGUGGGACCACGCCCCUACACGAAAACAUAACAUUUCAUAACAUUCAUAACAUUUUCAAACUACUUCUCUACUUCUUCUAGUAAUACAAAGCUAAAUGCAAAUGCAAAUUCAAGUAUUCCUUGAAUUCUCACAGUUUCCACAAAAUUCUGUGUCUGUAAACAUGUUAGUGUGAACAUGUUUGUGAUUUAUUGGAAUUAUUUUAAAUUGUAUGUACUUUGUACCUCAGGAAGUUAGCUUACAAAUUAGCUAGCUAACAGGCUACUUAACGUGUAUUGUAGCCUCUUAGAUGUAGCAUCUGACAGCCUGUACACUAAUGCUGCCCUCUACAGUUAGACAUUCUUAAAGACAUUUUAUCCAUGCUUUGUUUUCAUGUGCUCACUUCAGGCCACGA